CCGAUCUGCGGUGCUGCCUGCUUCAAUGUCACCAGGCGGACUGCGGCACGCGUCAGCCAGCAUCAGCGGCCCGCACAGCUACAAGAAAAUGAAGUUUGAGGCUGGAGUUCAUCGAGUUCAGAGGGUUCCCAAGACCGAAAAACAGGGAAGGAUGCACACCAGCACCAUGACUGUGGCUGUGCUGCCCCAACCUACCGAGAUUUCUUUCACCAUAAACCCAAAGGAUUUGAGGAUAGAGACAAAAAGAGCGAGUGGAGCUGGCGGUCAACAUGUCAACACAACAGACAGUGCAGUCAGAAUAGUCCAUCUUCCAACAGGUUUGGUUGCAGAGUGCCAACAGGAACGCUCCCAGCUGAAGAACCGGGAGAAAGCCAUGAAGGCUCUGACUGCAAAACUGUACAACAUGAAGCUGGAGGAAGAGACCAGCAAGCGCUACAACCAACGCAAAAUCCAAGUCGGCACCAAAGGCAGAUCAGAAAAGAUCCGGACCUACAACUACGCCCAGGACCGCGUGACAGACCACCGCAUCAGCAUGACGGUGCACGACGUCAGGGGCUUCCUGUUGGGGGAGGACCUGUUGAACGAGAUGAACUCCUCGCUGCAGGAAUUCUCCGAUCAGGAGAUGCUCAUGGAGCUGCUAGAAGAGGGCAGUCAGGAGGAAUCAUGAGUAUGGCCACAGAUGGAGAGGAAACGUCUUAAUGCAACACUGGGAUACUGAUCACUUGUACUCCACCUUGAAUUCUCAUUAAUAUUUGCCACUGUGCAUUGAACUGAAGUUGAAGUAGCUUCUUCAAAUUGAGACUGUAGACCUUGACUACAUGGAUUUGUAUAAGUAAAAAGUUAUAAUUUUUUAAGGCUUGUCAUGAUUUUACUUUCAAGUUUUUCAAAUUGCAAGUGAAAGUGGUAGCUGUUGUUUUGACUUCAUAAAUGUGAAAUACUGAGUGAUGGAUGAAACUCAUUUUCUUGACAGAAUAAAUGUAACAUCAUUUGA